UCACAUUAAGGUGUUCUCUUUGUCUUGUACAUGCGUUACUUGCUACACCUGGAUUAUGGCUAACAGCAUGAAAUGGCUGUGGGAAUACAGAAAGUAUGUGAUCAUCUUCAUGACCCCUUUUCUGAUCCUGCCUUUACCUCUUACUAUCAAUACUUCGGAGGCUAAGUGUGGCUUUGUACUCAUCCUGAUGGCUGUGUACUGGUGUACAGAAUGUGUGCCACUGGCGGUAACUGCUCUUCUCCCUGUUUUCUUAUUCCCUAUGUUGCGCAUCAUGACGGCAAAACAGGUCUGUACCCAGUACUUCAGUGACAGCACCAUGCUGGGAGUCGGUGGAUUAAUGGUGGCCAUAUCUGUAGAACACUGGAAUCUCCACAAACGUCUCGCCAUUGCCGUGCUUAUGGUAGUUGGGAUGAGGCCAGCACUGUUGAUGCUGGGGUUCAUGAUCAUCACAGCCUUCAUCUCUAUGUGGAUUACUAACAUAGCCUCUACAGCUAUAAUGUUACCCAUCGUUCAUGCCAUGUUGGACAACCUCAUAAAGACAGAGGCAGAGGAGGAAGAAACGAAGCUACAGCAGUGUGGGGCCAAAAACACUUUACAAGUGCACAAGAGCAAGGAUGGAUUUGGCAACAUACCGGUGGAGCCAAGUCCUGAGGAACUGUUACAAGCUGAGCAGAGGAGGCUAAAGCGUGAGCAGAAGUAUCUGAGUUUCAAAAAAGGAAUGAGUUUGAGUGUUUGCUAUGCUGCCAGCAUUGGAGGCACAGCCACCCUCACCGGCUCUAUCCCCAAUCUCAUCCUCAAAGCCCAGAUUGACAAGAUAUUUCCAGAGAACGGAGAUGUGAUCAACUAUACCUCCUGGUUUGGUUUUUUCUUCCCCAAUAUGGUGCUGAUGCUAAUCCUCUGUUGGCUAUUGCUGCAGUUCAUGUACUUUGGCUUCAGGGUGAAAAACACAUUCGGUUGUGGAAUGACCAGAAGAAGCCAUGAAGAGGUGUAUCGGGUGAUGAGGCAUGAGCUCGGAAUGCUCGGAAGCAUGAGAUUUGCAGAGUACUGUGUGCUCAUUCUUUUCAUACUGCUGGUUCUGUUGUGGUUCACGAGGGAGCCUGGUUUCAUACCUGGUUGGGCCUCGCUUCUCUGCAAUCAGGAAAAAAAGUUUGUGACAGAUAGCACAGUUUCCAUUUUAAUAACCUUUAUGUUUUUCAUAAUACCCUCCAAAUUUCCAAGAUGUUGGCAUGCUGGUUCUUUAGACAUAAGUGGUAGAAGUGAAGUGAAGAUUCCUGACACCCUGCUCAACUAUGAUGCAGUGGAAAAGCUGAUGCCCUGGAACAUCCUGCUGCUGUUGGGUGGGGCUAUGGCACUUGCUAAAGGCAGUGAGGUCUCCAACCUUUCCUUUUGGCUUGGGCAAAGUCUCCUACCUCUGGGAAACAUCCCUCCUGUAGCGCUCUCCUUUGUGCUCUGCCUUAUAGUGACCAUGCUCACUGAAGUCUGCAACAAUGCUGUAAUCAGCACUGUUUUCCUGCCUAUUCUAGCCUCCAUGGCAAAUGCUCUUAAGAUACAUCCACUGUCCCUCAUGCUGCCCACCACCAUCAGCUCCUCAUUUGCCUUUAUGUUCCCAGUGGCCACACCACCAAACGCCAUUACAUUUAACUACGCCAAUCUCAAAAUCAUGGACAUGGUAAAACCUGGACUAGUUCUGAACCUGCUGGGGGUAGUCUGCAUUAACUUCGCUACCCAAACCUGGGGAUCUGCAAUGUUCCGUUUGAACGAAUUCCCUGCAUGGGCUAAUAUCAGUACCAGGACAGAGCUGAACUGA